ACAAGAUCUACGUGCAUUUUUGUUAACUAUGAAUGAUUUUAACCGAAUGAUUGUUCGUUUUCAUUCAUAUUAUCGUGGAUGUCAAUGCAAAGACGAAGUGGUCACUGUUAACUUCGUGACAGAUUCCACAUGAAAGCUAUACUGAGCUGAGGGAGCUUUUGUGGUAAUGAAGAUUUGUUGGACGUGGACAACAUUCAUCCAUCCAAGAUGUGGGCCAAGGCCAGCAAACUGGACGUUGUGUAUCGAAAAAUUCUUCUCACCAAAUUCUUCACCAAAGGAUGGGGGUCGGUAGAAAUACUCAAAAGGAUCUGUGAGUUCAGCAAAGUGAUUUCAGAUCGUUCCAUGUGUAAACACCUGGUGGACAGAAGUUACCCCAUCUUUAUUGAUAAAAAUGAGAAAUGGGGCGAGUGUCGUCUUAUCGAGGGACACUUCUUGUCACCAUUUGCCAAAUACAUGAAAGGAAUCAUGCCCAAGGAAGUUGAAACAGCAAGAUUUCAGUUUCUCUUACCACUGAAGUGGAGGACAGAAAAACGGCCGGUAUGCAUCCACCUUGCUGGCACAGGGGACCAUGGUUUUUGGAGGCGGAGAACCAUUAUGGCCAGGCCUCUCCUGAAGGAACAUGAAAUUGCUUCAAUUAUCCUGGAGAACCCAUUUUAUGGACUUCGAAAACCCAAAGAGCAACUGCGUUCCAGUCUGCACAAUGUGAGUGACCUGUUUGUGAUGGGAGGAGCGUUGAUUCUAGAGACCCUGGCACUGCUACAUUGGUGUGAGAAGGAAGGGUACGGCCCUCUAGGUGUGUCUGGUGUAUCUAUGGGUGGCCAUAUGGCAACCCUUGCUGCGACAAAUUGGCAUAAACCCCUAGCCCUUAUUCCAUGCCUAUCCUGGAGUAAUGCCACGCCUAUUUUCACCCAAGGGGUAAUGAGUGGUGCCAUUCCAUGGAAGACCCUCGCCUCCGAGUACGUCUUCCACUCAGAGUAUGAAGCAGAGAUCCUCAGGAAACUCAUGAAGUGCCCACAGUACGAUGCCUUCCGACUUGGUCAGGAAUUUGCUGUCAACUUUCCAGACAGCAUAGAAGAACUUGGAGAUGUUAAAUUAAAAUCCGGGUUCGGGUCUGCAAAGUAUAAACAGACUACCUCUGCAUCAACAAGUGAAAUGCCUUCUGAGAAGGCCACCAGUACUUCAGGUCUAGACCAGGAAUCCCUGAAAUCCAAUUCGGGUGUUCAAGCUAAGGUUAGCAAUGCAAUUUAUACAAAGCCAGACCUGUUUCAAAGUGAAGCAACAAAUGUGUCUGGAAGCUAUUUAUCAUCCGACCAAACACACCGCAGUAUUAAGACAGAUGAAUCUACACAAGAGGUGAACACAAGUGCUCAUUUGUCUGAUAGCCAGUCUGCACAAACUCUGAACAGUCACCCCGUCAAGGGUAUACACACACAGAGCACGUGCAAUGCGAGGACAGCACAAGAGAUGCUCCUAGAUCCGUCAAUUGAGCCCUUGACGAGACCCAACCAGGCCCAUGCAGAUCCAGAAACUACUGCAGAAAUAAAAGCGAGUUGGUUCGCUAAGUCUAGUCAGAAGAGGUCAUCAUCUGGUGAAAGGUCUUCAAAAACAACAUUCAGUUGGACCAAAGACAGCGGCGCAUCUUCCAAGAAAAGUGAGAAGCGACCGAAGUGGAAGCCAACAAAGGAGGAGUACGCCAAGCUGAGAGAUGAUGCUCUACACUUCAUGGAAGGAGUGAUGGAUACAGCCACAUUUGUUGGCAACUUCUCCAAGCCCGUUGACCCUGAGCUUGUAUUUUCAGUCCUGGCUAAACAGGACGCAUACAUCCCCUGGCAUCAGAUGCAGAACUUGGCCGAGAUGUGGCCUGGCAUUCAGGUGCGUUACAUCAACUCUGGUCAUGUGUCAGCCAUUCUGUUCCAGCAGCACCACUUCAGGACAGCAAUUAAUGAUGCCUUUAAAAAGAUGGAGGAGAAGUACAAUGGUGUCUACCCAGAAGAAUCGUGAUGGUGGAUGUGAAGUUAGAAGAAUGGUUCCAACAACAGUGAGGAGGGGGGGGGGGCAGCUGUUCAAUCUCGUUCAGAAACUGCAAGGACCACAGGAUUUAUUGGCGUCAGAUGCCUGUCCUAUUAGUAAGUGUGACCAAAUUCUACUGGCUCAAUUGAUCCCCAGAGGACCUUAGGGAUGGGAUUGAAUUUUGGUUUGAGGAUUUAUGCAAGAAUUGGACUUUUACAUACAUACUUCUAAGAUUUGAGGUCUUCUCAGAAUUAUAAAGUUUUUGCUAUAAGAAAUACCUUUGAUUGAUGAAUUAGGCGAUUUUUGGUAAAAGUGGACACAAAUGUACAGUCCAGCUUUUGAGCAAGAAGUAAAAUGGAAAAAAAUUGAUCUUUUCCCAUGUGGAAUUACUUGUUCAAUUUCUUUAUUUUGGGAUGUUCGUCGUUUGAAGAUGCUGUAAGUUUACGAUAAUGUUUGAUUUCUGAAAUGAUUGUAAAUGCUGCAUAGCUAUUGAAAUGUUUAUUGUUUGAAGUUAAUCUUCUGAAUGCCUUAGAUCUGGUUGUUGUUUCCUUAAAUAUCAACUUGAAAGAAAUUUACAUUACUGACUCUUUUGUUAUAGAAAAGUAAAUGAGUGCGUUUGUAACAAAGUAAAACUUUAUAAAAAUGUAUCAACUUGUAAGACCAGAUUUUGAUCAGUGUCACACCUGAAAAACAUUACAAUGGAAACUGUAUUGCAACAAAUAUAUUGGAACAAAGAUAACCAUCCUUCAUCCAGUCUGUGUUGAUGUAUUUUACAUCACAACACAGACUGGUGCUACACUGGUUUUCUUUGGCACUGGUACUUCAGUGUUAAUUUCACACUACAUUUGUAUAGUCUUUGAACUGGGAAGCAUGCAGAGUGCUGCCACGGGGAAAAAUAAUAUUUGAAGGGGGGGGGGGGACACUAGUUUUUCAGAUUGAAUUUCGACAAAAUGUCCUACUUAUGACCAAAUUAAAACCAGACACAACAAGGAUAUAUAGUCAAGAAAGGGAUUUUGUUCAAGUUGAUUUUAAAAAAUAUAAGAAUUUAUGUCGGUAAGAAAGUCAAGAAAUUGUUCACAUGUUAAAGGAAGUAAUAUACAAAUAGAUGUUGUACCAGCUGUGUGUAUUUUGGGCCUGCUAAAGUGCCAUGGGCAAACAUUGGAAAGAGGCACUACUGUUCGGUCAGCGUUACUUUCUGACCUUAGUGAGGGCGUUGCUUUAGCUUGUGACAUCAGACGCAAAGCCGCUAUGGGUUGCUCAUCGGCGGAGCUGCCAACCCCCCAGAGCUGCCAAUAAAUACGUUCUCCCUGAUUAUGGAAACUUUCCCUAUUAUGUUAAAUGUAAUUCUAAAACAUCUCCCUGAAUACAAGAUGCAAAUUGUUGGCAGCUCUGCAUCGAUACAGUGAAUGGGGAAAAGUCAACAUUUAAGCAAAUGUUGUACAUGGCAGAUGCAGUGAUUGUGACAUACGGAAAU